AAUUCGAAAUCGAAAGACUCCGCUUAAAGUCUCAAAUUUUGAUCGAAUCCAUGGCGAUAAUCUCUGACAUUCAGGAAGAGCAAAGGGCGCCCGAGAGGAAGCCUUCGAAGGCGUCGCCGUCGUCGAAAGAGUAUACCUUCACCGCGAAGAUUGAUCGCAGGAACCCCCUUGAUUUAGUGGAGAAGACGUUGGAAUUUAUUGCUCGGGAGAGCGAUUUCUUCAAGAGGGAGUCGUCGGAGAGGGAGGUCUUUGCGCUGGCGCGCCGCUUCAGGGAUAAGGAGAGGAAGAAGGAGGAGGAGGAGAGGAAGAAGAGGAGGCAGGAGGAGGAAGAGAGGAGGAAGAAGGAGGAGGCGGAGAAGAGGGCGGAGGCGGAGCUGAGGGGGGAGGUGAUAAAGGAUGAAACUGAGGAGGAGGAAAAUGGCUUAAAAAAUCCAAACAAAGGGAAUGGACUGGAUUUGGAGAAGUACUCGUGGACGCAGAGCCUUCAGGAGAUUAAUGUCGUUGUCCAUGUGCCGCCUGGAACUAAAUCUAGCUUUGUUGUGUGCGAGAUCAAGAAGAAUCAUCUGAAGGUUGGACUGAAGGGGCAGCCUCCGAUCAUUGAUGGCGAACUUUUGCAGUCUAUCAAGCCCGAUGAUUGUUACUGGAGCAUAGAGGAUCAGAGUGCUGUCUCAAUUCUUCUGACCAAGCACAACCAAAUGGAGUGGUGGAAGUGUCUGGUGAAAGGUGAUCCUGAGAUCGACACUCACAAGGUUGAGCCUGAGCCCAGCAAAUUGUCUGAACUGGAUUCUGAAAUGCGCCGGACUGUUGAAAAGAUGAUGUUUGAUCAGAGACAGAAGCAGUUGGGGCUCCCCACUAGCGAGGAGAUUGAAAAAGAAGAAAUGUUAAAGAAGCUCAUGUCUGAGCAUCCGGAGAUGGAUUUCUCAAGGGCCAAGAGAAAGUAAAUCUGAGCUAUUCGGUUCACGGACAUUGUUUAAUAACUUUGUAUUCAUUGAUCAGAAGGGAGAGGAUAAAAAACACAUUUUCAUUCAGCUACUGCUUAAUGUUGAGUUCAAAAACAAAUUGAUGUCAUCGGUGUGUGAUCUUUUUACGGGUGGUUAGGACGUCCAAUUUGUUUCGAACGCUGUUAAUACUGUGGGAUCUGUUUCAUUUAUUGAUUCAAGUUUUAGUAUAACUUUUUCUCCUGCACAUUU